ACGUGGUGGGCCAGCCGGUUCAGCCCAUUGCUGAUGCUGCGGCUCGGUAUUCGUCAUGGAGCUGGCGCCGCGGAGUUUUCCCGGGCCGCGGCGGCUGCUGCCGCUGCUGGCGCUGCUGGCCCUGAGCGUGGGAGCUGUCAUCGACUGGCCCAUGGAGGAGGGCAAGGAAGUGUGGGAUUAUGUGACUGUCCGUGAGGAUGCACACAUGUUCUGGUGGCUCUAUUAUGCCACCAAUCCCUGCAAGAACUUCUCAGAACUGCCCCUGGUCAUGUGGCUUCAGGGUGGUCCAGGCGGCUCCAGCACUGGAUUUGGGAACUUUGAGGAAAUUGGGCCCCUUGACAGCGACCUCAAACCACGAAGAACCACCUGGCUCCAGGCUGCCAGUCUCCUAUUUGUGGAUAAUCCCGUGGGCACUGGGUACAGUUACGUGAACAAGAGUGGUGCAUAUGCCAAGGACCUGGCUGCAGUGGCUUCAGACAUGAUGGUUCUCCUGAAGACCUUCUUUGAUUGCCACAAAGAAUUCCAGACAAUUCCAUUCUACAUUUUCUCAGAGUCCUAUGGAGGAAAAAUGGCAGCUGGCAUUGGUCUAGAACUUUAUAAGGCCAUUCAGCAAGGGACCAUCAAGUGCAACUUUGCCGGGGUUGCUUUGGGUGAUUCCUGGAUCUCCCCUAUUGAUUCCGUGCUCUCCUGGGGACCUUACCUGUACAGCAUGUCUCUUCUCGAAGACAGUGGUCUGGCAGAGGUGUCUAAGGUUGCAGAGGAAGUCCUGGAUGCUAUAAAUAGUGGACUCUACAAAGAGGCCACUCAGCUGUGGGAGAAAGCAGAAAUGGUCAUUGAACAGAACACGGAUGGAGUAAACUUCUACAACAUCUUAACUAAAAGUGCACCUGAGUCUGUGUUGGAGUCGGGUCUAGAGUUCACACACAGCCACCUUGCUCGUCUUUGUCAGCGUCAUGUGAGACACCUGCAACAGGACACCUUAAGUCGGCUCAUGAAUGGCCCCAUCCGAAAGAAGCUCAAAAUCAUUCCUGAGGAUCACACCUGGGGAGGCCAGGCUGCCAAUGUCUUUGUGAACAUGGAAGAGGACUUCAUGAAGCCAGUCAUCAGCAUCGUGGAUAAAUUGCUGGCGGCUGGGGUCAACGUGACUCUGUAUAAUGGCCAGCUCGACCUCAUCGUGGACACCAUGGGUCAGGAGGCCUGGGUACGGAGUCUCAAGUGGCCAGAACUGCCCAAAUUCAAUGAGCUAAAGUGGAAAGCCCUAUACAGUGACCCUAAAUCUCUAGAAACAUCUGCUUUCGUCAAGUCCCACAAGAACCUGGCUUUCUACUGGAUUCUAAGAGCUGGUCACAUGGUUCCUUCUGACCAAGGGGACAUGGCUCUGAAGAUGAUGAGACUGGUGACUCAGCAAGAAUAGGAUGGACUGGGCCGGAGAAGAGCUGGUUUGGCCUCAGGGCACCGGAGCCAGAGUCCCUGGAGCUUGCAGGAAGCACCAUUCUUCCCUGAACCUACCUUGGGCUAUGAUCAUGAAUGUUUCUACCAGCUUCUGCAGAGGAGAAAAUAGUUGCCUCUCGAGCAACUUGGAAAUCAUUUCUGCUUCAUAAAAAAACAAAGAUUUUGGAAAUUGAUUUGUUUUCAUCAACAUGAAUAAGAGAUUUACUUUUUUCUUAUUACAGAAGCAAAUAAUGUGAUUUAUAGAAAAAGUGGAAAAAUGCAGGUAAACAAAGAACAAACUAAACACCCAUAUCCUCCCUUCUCAAGGAUAAGCAUGUCACCAAUUUAAUGAAUGUCCCUGCAGGAUUUAUUUUUUUUUUUUGCUAUAUAUACACAUAUAUAUUUUUUACAAAAAUGGAGUCAUUAUGUUAUUUUACUAUCUACUUUGUUUGACAUCUCAAUAUGUCCUAAACACCAUUUCAUUUCAAUAAAUGUUCUUCUAUUACAUUUCUAA